AUGGCUAUAUCUGUUAAUAAUGACAACUUUGACCUUGCUUGUGGGAAAGUUCAUGCCUAUCGUGGUAUUGUCUCUAAUCCAUUCGUGUUAUUUUCGCGUUAUACGUUAAAUUUCAAUCCUAUAUCAAAUCCAAAUAAUUCAUCAAAUGUUGGAGCAUUGGAUGCAUUGUUACCAAUGGAAGUUGCUUCCAUAAAAAAUCAACCUACCGCAAAUACUACAACUACAAUUAAUGUUGCUUCAUCAUCUAAUAAUGCUACUGCAAUAAUACAACAAAAUGGAACUUCCACAGAUAUAAGAAUUCCCAUGUCAAGUACUUUUAUAUGUAAAAGAGAUGGAAGAUUAAGAUGGUGUGAAAGAUGUAAUUAUGUUAAACCUGACAGGUGUCAUCAUUGUUCAGAAUGUGAUAAAUGUGUAUUAAAAAUGGAUCAGUAA